AUCGAUGUCAAUAUUGCAAUCUUCAAGAGACUACUAACCUAAUCAUUUAAGCUCUAACUAUGUAAUAUAUUAAAGACUUAGUAAUGAAGAUGACGAGAUAUCUUCAGGAACAAGUUUAGUAUCCAAGCUAAACCUAAGACCUUUCUCCGCGUUGCUAGAGCAUCUAUGUCUCACCCGCGUUAGCUAGAGCUUCCGCUGCAACUCCAGGUCUUAUUAGCAUUCUCGCUCCCACUGCCGCGUCUUUGUAUAGGCAUUCCACCAAAACCGCGACCAUGGCUAUAUCAACAAUUUACUUCAAAUACGGGCUUAAAGUCCUUCGGUUUGGUCUCCCAAUCUCAGGCCAGGUCGUUUCUUACAAUUCAUUCUUUUCUCUGCAAACAAGCUUAGUCACUCUUUUACCAUCAACUUCUCUUCUUACUUCGCUCUUUUCCGAGUCUUUAAGUCGCUCCUUUACUUUAUUCGAUAUUUUGGACAUUCAUUUGGAUUAGCAUUUGGAUUAGUCGCCGCAAUGGCAACGGGAUAUUCACUCUCUACACAUUAUGCCGGCCAGGGGUUGCUUGAUAGCUUCAGUUUCUUUACCGGGAACGAUCCCAGCCAUGGCUUUGUUGAUUACCAAAGUAAAGAGGACGCUUUAGCUAAGAACCUAGUUUCCGUUGAGACCGAUUAUAAUAGCGUGAGACUCGGCGUUGAUUCAAACAAUACAUAUUCUACUAGCGAUAAGGGGCGACCCAGCGUACGUCUAACGAGUGAUGAUGCGUUUACUCACGGUCUUUUUAUUGCGGAUAUCUAUCAUAUGCCAGCGUCGACAUGCGGCACUUGGCCUUCCUUUUGGGCUUUCAAUAACCAAGAUAACGGAGCAGAAUGGCCUUUGGGAGGUGAACUAGACAUCAUAGAUGGCGCCAAUACUGCCCAACGAAACUUAUACUCUGCUCAUACAACUACAGGAUGCAAAUCUCCCAGUGCUGGUUUCACUGGGAAGCAAGGUCGAGCAAACUGCUCGCCAACCCUUGAUAACAUGGGCUGCAAUACUGUAUCCCCGCCAUCCGAUACUACUUCAUAUGGCGAUUCCUUUAACGCUGAAGGCGGUGGUGUGUACGCUCUGGAGUGGGAUUCUGAAGACCUGAAAUUAUGGCAUUUCCCACGCUCUACGAUCCCCGAUGAUAUCUUGUACGCUCACGUCUUAGGACCUGACCCUUCUACCUGGGGACCACCCCACGCCGUUUUCGGCAGCCCUUCUUGCAGUCCUGAUAAAUACUUCUUCAACAUGAGUCUAGUAUUAAAUAUAAACUUCUGUGGCGAUUAUGCAGGCAAAAUCUGGGGUAAAACCGACCAGUGCAACCGUCUCGCCCCUACGUGUGAGGAAUUCGUUGCUGGGAAUCCAGAGAAUUUUCAAAGCGCUUACUGGGAUAUCAAUUUCAUCGAUGUAUAUCAAAUGGGACCGUUGUCAGACAUGACGAUACCGCCCCUUUCCACCAACACCACAUCCUUAAGUAUUUCAUCAACAGCUAGCGUAACAGAGGAACCAACCGGGGUUGUUCCAACUCAUACCCGCACCAUCACGUUAUCCACAGCAAAACCUACCGAGACUGGCGGCGCCGAGAUACAUCCAAGGGACACUAACAGCCACACUCUUCUGGGGUGUUUCCAGUCCCACGAGAACUACGAGCCAUUCUCGCAGGUUAAAUCGGCGGCAGAUAUGGACACCAAAUCAUGCGUCUCUGCUUGUGCUGGACACAAGUAUGCUGGUGUGCAGGGCGAUACGUGCUACUGCGCCGAUACACUUGGGGAAGCAAGCGGCGUUGAGAAUGAGAGAUGCAAUACGCCGUGUCCUGGAAACGGACACGAAAUGUGCGGCGGGCUCUUGGACUCAGCUUCGACACAAGCAUCGCCCAGCCACUCUCUCCUAACGAACUCCCCCGCAUCAGCACCUAAACUUCACCACCGUACCGCUAUGGACAACAUCUUACUAACAGUCUACGGAAACCUAUCCGACGACCCCGCGCCCCCGGCCGCACCCGCAAUGGGCGGCAGCCACUAUCACCCCUCAGUAAAGCCAGCGCAUAACGCGGCGGUAACAACUGACGUAACUAUAACAUACACAACCGUAUGUGCCUCGAACCCGGCAAAACUGGUAGAAGUAGAAUACCACACGACGGUAACAUACGCGCCAUGCACCUGCACCAAGACCCAACCCGAGGCAGUCUACUCGACGACCAAGGCCCCUCCCCCAGCAGCAGCCCUCGCCGCCAUACCCAUGAGGAUGUACAAGGCUACAUGUCAAGCAUGCGGUACGCACGGCGAGAGCACCGUGACGUUGACCGUGCCGGUAGCCGUGUACACAUCUAAGGUCGUCGUUACCGCUACGGCCGUGCAGACUGUCAUUCCUCUCGUCAGCAACGGAACCGGCCUCGCGAACGGGACGACUGCCGCCGUGGCGAUGGCUACCGUCACUCCCCCGCCUCCACCUAGCCCUCGACCCAGCAGCGGUAACGUAAAACCCCUCGUAGCUGCUGCCUCCCCUCGCAGCAAGACUUUGAGCGCCGCGCAAAUAGUUGGCUGGGGUGUGGCGGCGUGGGUUGGUCUAUUUGGGAUUAUGCUUAUCUUAUGAUGAAGUCUCCUUUCUAUGUUCUCUUUCCUUAUCUGAUUUCAUUUAUUCGGGUCGGUCGGUUGUCUACGUUUCCUUUCCUUUCCUUUCCUUUCCUUGGUCUCUUUUGAAUAACGUAGAUGGUGUGGAGUUCAUGGAAUCGGGGGAAGUCUGGCAUGAUUCGGUUUACAUCUAGAGGCUGCGGUCCGGCAGCAUGAUAACGAUGACGAAUUUCUGGGAGUAGGAUUCGGGUUGAAAGAUUUUAUGCUAUGUUCAAUUACCGGCUAGCCCGUGUAAAUAU